CGUAGUCCUAGUCAGUAGAUAGUCGCUGGUGAGUGGACUAAAAUCGUGCGGAUCGCUCCGCGGAAGAGAAUCACUGUAGCUUGAUGCAGCGCAGGGACGCGUAACAAACAUGAUCAUUAUCGGGAGAUUCUACAUCCUGUUCCGUUGCCUGUUUAGUAGUUCUGUUGAGUAGACUGACUCAUUGUAAGUGUUAUACGUUAGCAGCAUCCCCUACUCUUUCAGUCUUUGUAGUAUUACUAUUACUAUUAGUAUUACUACUAAAGUACUAGAGCACUGUCGACGCAUCCUCGUGGCCUACACAGACAGUGGAGAGUCAGCUCUUAGUCUUACUUCUGGCCUAGCUCAUCGCAGCAGUGCUUGGGCCAAAAGUUAGGCAAAACACUGCCAUUGCAUUGGUUAGCUUCAGAUAAUUAUCAGUCGAGCCGCGCUACUCAACUAGUCUUUACUAUAGUUGGUGAAGUCAGAAUCGAUCGCUUGCGUUGUGCUUCAAGAGAUUCUCUAAUGUUGUGUCUCAGUGAGCUGUCGGUGUGGAGUAGAUCUACGAGUACAUAAUCAUUCUGCUGAUCUGGUCCAUGGAGAGUGCACCCCAGAGGCCAUACUUGUACGGCAUCUACAGAAACUCUGCUCACUAGACUCUACAACUCGUAGAUCUACUGCGCUGCUGCGAGCGUUCGUGAUCCAUUGAGCAAUGACAUCGCGCCAGCUGUACUGACUGUCAUGUCUGUGGAGUUGUUCGUCGAGAAAUAUAAAAGCCUCGCUUGCUGUCGGUGCCUCAUUAGUCAUUCAUAGCCCAUUGCAUUGCCGCAAUAAUAUUAUUGAUCACGGCGGUGCGUUGCUUUCCCUGUUACCGCCGCUUUGCUUGUGAAAACACUAUCCAUAGCCAUCGUUGGAUCUUCGAUGCUGCCAGAAGGCACGUGUAAGCCACUGGAAGAAUUCUAAAAAUUACUGCCAGCCGAACCCUGCUGUUCCAUUUCGACAUUAUUUUGUCGAAGUCAUUGGUUUCACCUGAGAGCCCGGUCAGAAUAGUAUUAGUAGUACUACUAGCACUAGUGGAUGGUGGUGGUGCCUCCUUGCCUGUCCAGCGCGGCGUACGCGUGUGUCUAUGUUAGCAUUGUACAGAAGUGUUACCGCUAGUAGAUCUAAUCAACUACGAUUAGUACGAAGUACGAGCAGCUGAGGACAGGAGUGUGGAAGGUGUGACCCUGUUGACACCCGUUUGGACACCAGGCAAUAACUACGUGUAUGUUCAUGUACGAGUGAUUGUGCUUUCUGAAUGCAAAGUAGCAAUCGGUGUCUUCACUAGCUCUGUACAGUCGACAGCUGGCUUGGAGCACUGCAUGCUGUGUGUUCUUGUCCUGCUGGCCUGGGUCAAGAAGGAGUGACUUGGUGCUCAUAAUAUCCCGUAUAAUACCCGCCUAGCUGCAUAGUAUGCACAGCAAGGCCAGCAUCCCCUGGGCAAUGGAUCAGCUGGUGCUAUGCAGAUGGCAAAGUGCAAGGAAAGGCAGCGGGUUCUCAAGUCACCUGCGCACCAGGGAGCAGGUGUACAUGCCGCUGCCGUGGCAGCUGGUGCUGUUUCUGCUCAUGUUGACGGCGCAUGUAUACCUGCCGGCUGGUGUUCAGUGCCAACAAGUCAUGUUUGGGCCCUGCAAGGAUAACAGUCGUGUAUGCAAUCGUACCAGCGUCGCUGCAGACCUGUACCUGGGCGGACUGUUUCCGAUCCAUGCCUUGGCCGAGUACGGGAACGGCACAACGGGCUGUGGCAUGUUGGUGGAUCAAACGCAGCAGUGGGUGGAGGCAAUGCGCCAUGCCGUCGACAUGGUGAACAGCAACACUGCGCUGCUGAAGAAUGUCACGCUUGGCUACGAGAUCCGCGAUACGUGUCGCCUGUCAUCGCACGCCGUCCGACAGUGCCUGGAGUUCCUCGGCAAGUCCACCGAUGAUGUGCAAUGCCCUGCGGAAAGCGAAUCGCAGUCGAACAGUAAGCUGAUCCCCAGCGUUGUCGGCAUCGUCGGACCGUUCUCCAGCUCAGUGAGUCUGGCGACAACAGAGCUGCUGGGUCUUUUCCAGCUGCCCAUGGUCAGUUACGGCGCCACGAGUACCCAGCUGAGCAUGUCGAGCAGCUUUCCAUACUUCCUGCGUACCAUACCCAGCGACCGAGGCACGGCACGAGCUAUUGCUCGUAUGAUACGAACUCUGGAUUGGGAGUUUGUCGGCCUGAUACACACGGCCGAUGAUUUCGGCGUAGAUGGCAUCAAUGCGGUGAAGAGUGCGCUUGGAUUUUCCCGGGUUUGUACGGAACAGAUGCAAGCGGAACGAGUAACGCAAAUUUGCCAAUCUAAGACCUGGGAGAUUCGAGAAGGCGCUUCCCACAAUGAUACCGUCUACGAAGAGAUAUGGUCAGAACUUCUAACUGAUGAGCCAAUCAAGCGCUCGACAGUCGUGGUGAUGUUCACCCAGGCCAGUGAGACAUCUCAGUUCUUCCAGUAUCCCAAAAGGUCCGGCAACGAGUCACUCUGGAAGGCAGCGCUGGAGCAUAACAUUACCUUUAUUGGCGUGGAUGCUUGGGGCGACACGGCCACUGCGGUUGACAUGGCAGUGGGUGUGUCUAGGGGGUCGAUCAGUCCCAUUCCGCUGUCGUCACCCUACGCGGACUUCCAGUCUCAUUGGACGAGCCGCACGCGUUCCAACACCAUGGACAAUCCCUGGUUCGACGAGUUUUGGACAAGGAUGCUCCAACGCCAGUCGGCCAUGUCAGCGAACGGAAGCGACGGUAGCAGGAGUGACAGUGAAUUUUCUCUAGCUACUAACUACGCCAUGGACAGCAAAGUUCCGUAUGUAUAUCACUCCGUGUUUGCAUUCGCGCAUGCUUUAGACAAUUUGUACAAUAAACCUUGCAACGGCAGCGUAUCAUGUCUUGAAGUUGAAGCACGGACAAAUCUCCUUGAGGCUCUUAAGAGUGUGUCGUUCACCACCAUCAACGGCAACAACUUUUCCUUUGAUGAUAACGGCGAUCCGUACAUCUCGCUGUAUGAUAUCAGGAACAUGCAAGUGAGUGCAGUAGAUAAUGCCACGAUCUCAUUCCCCGCUGUGGGCAAUUUCAGCAAAGCGUUGACGGGAUUGCGAGGGAACGCGACUUGCAGCUCAGACAAUACAAGUGCGUCCAAUUCUUCUUUGGACACCUGUGGCUCCGAGUUCACGCUGGACGAGGCAGCAGUGAUCUGGAACUCUGAGAUCAAUACACGGCCGGUGUCAGUCUGCAGUGAGACAUGUCCUCCCGGAACAAGGAGAGUGGUCAGGAAAAUUGAAGGCAGCACUUCCUGCCAGACCUGUUGCUGGAUGUGUGAUUCAUGUCCGGAGAAUCGAAUCUCUCUGAUGAAUAACAGCGAUACAUGCGUGCCCUGUGAGAAUGCGACGAAGAGCAGCGCUGAUCACACAUACUGUGUUCCGGUGAAAGUUGAACAGUUCAGCGCUCCGUCAGCCGCGGCCAUUGUUGUGGUGGUCUUGGCAGUUCUCGCUAUUAUAGCUACCUUGCUUGGCAUUGCGUGGACGUUGAAGAGGUACAAUGACAGCUUCUUUGCAUUUGGUCGAGAGCCGACACUGUUCUGCCUGUUUGGGAUGUUGCUUGCACUGACAUCUACUGUAUUGGAAGUCAACGGUCCCUCUCACAAUAUCUGCGUCGCCAGGUUUGUGCUGUCUGCUGUGGGCUUGACUGCUGUUGCCUCGUUUCCGCUCCUGUUCGCGAUUCAUCGUCUAUGCCUGGCACACAACUUCCAGGUGGGCACGAUAUUCAUCUACCCAGCAAUCAGGUUUCUGGGAAUGCUUGUUGCUGAGUGCAUCACUGCAGCCAUAUUGAUUAUAUCUAUCACCGCCGGUGAUGCCAUGAGUGUCAUAAGAACGGUGACGCCCCAUGUCAAAGUCGAGUUGGUCUGCGGUUACGACGGUGGUGAAGAGAGCCAACUGGUGUACGAUUGUUUGCUGAACCUGGUCACACUGGUGCUGUGUAUCUACCUGAUGUGGCUGGCGGCACAUGGCAAGAUGGAGGCCGUUGUAUACGAUCCCAGGUCUAGAUUGUUUGCUCUGAUUGCCGUUGCAUCGGUCCUGACUGUUGCCCUGGGCGCUGCAUUCACUGGAGUCGCGUCGGUCGUUACCAGUCCGGAUACUAAAAGUAUGCUCAAGCACCUGUCGACCAUACAGUUUGUCGUGGGCUACAUCAUCUUGGUUUUAGUUCCCAGCCUACGCAAGCUUGGCCAACUGUCGCGAGAGGAGGAGGAUGAGUACGUCAAGGCGCUCGAGGAUGCAACGGGCAGACACUCUCGGUCCUUGAGUGUUGACAUUAAGGCAAUUGCCAAGAGGGUGCGAGCCAUCUCCCGUUCCAGUGGCGGGGGCACAAGCGGAGACUCUGCGGGCCAAAUGCCCGAAAUUGGUGAAGUGGAUGAAGAUAAGCAAAGCCUGCAUAGUUAUAAGCAGGCUCUGAAGACUCCCCUGGUGGAGGAUGGAAAUGUCAGUAGAACAAUGCCCAUCUUUUUUCCACUGGCAUGUGCCCCCGAAGACGGCAAUGCUCGGAACGAUCUUGACUACAACAGGCUAUCUAUACCCAGGACGCCCACACCGACAUCAGGUCCUAGCGAGGUAUCUCGUUCGCCCCAGGAUAACCUAGCUAUUGAGUCGGGGACUGGUGGCAAGACAGAGCGUCCAGUCAUCAGUGAAACAGCAAUGUGAGGCGAGUUUGACACAAUGUCAUGUUAAGCAAGGCACCGUGAUGACUUCCAUAUACCCUUUCUCUAGUCUCAUGUUCCCGGCAUUAUGACCCGGUACAUGUAAUAGUGUUUUGGGAAUAGCCUGGUGUUUAUGUACAGCAGGCUUGCUCUAAAAACCUGAAUGUUUCCAAUGUUUCGAUACACGUACUUACUUGACUUGAUAGGAUGAUUUAUUGUCACACAUAUUUUCGAUUGAUGGCCUGUCGUCUCCUUCCAGCCAAUGGCAGGCCGAGCCAUUUCCAAGGAACUUUAUUAGACUUGAGCUGAUUCUGGAGCUUGGCAAUGUAUGUAUGACUGUAUGUAUGCUGCUUAGGAUGGUGUGCAUUCAGCUUGAUGAUACGAGUCGUAUUUCUGAUAUCUGCUGCACGAUCAAUAGCCAUGUGCGCCUUUA